AAAAAAAAACGUCUGGUUGAAAUUAGUAGUAAUUCUGAUAAUGGAAAUACAAAUGAACCUGUUGGACAUCAAUUUACGGGUAUUUGGAAAGAAAUUGAGCUAGUUGAAGAAGCUAAUUUGAAAGCUAAGUUAUCUAAACCUACAGUUAAAAAAAAAAAAAUUAAAUCAAUGAAACUUUCAGAACCACACAAUAUAGAAAUUAAUGAAUCAUUAAUUGCAGCAUUUGUUUCUUGUGGCUUACCUUUUAAUAUUAUUGAAAAUCCAUUUGUUGUACAUCUUCUCAAAGUUUUUUGUCCAGGAUAUAAUCCAGCAUCAUGUGAA